AUGGCACUGAGGAGUGGUUUCUAUGAAUCUCGGGCCAUCAAUGAACACGAUGGGAACUGGGUCGUCCUCCGGAAACAGAGCGCGCCGUUGGACCUCGUAUUCUCUGCUGGCGGCUUGCUGACCAAGCGGAUGCUCGAGAAGCUUUUUAUCUCGCGCAUACGUGAGGAAGAUGUCCAAGGCCUGGCUAGGUGGCAUGACAUCACACCUGAAGCCUACGCGCACCGGUGCGUUUUCCAAAGUUCUCCUCCAGAUACCACUCUGGACGAGAUGGAAAGUGGGGUGAGAAAAUACCUGAAGCAAGCUCAGGAGAACAAACGAAUUCAAGAAUUCAAUCCGCUGAGACGCUCCGGAUGUCCGGGACAUCCUAGCUCCUGUGCUGCACGCUUUUAUAUAGCAUCGGAAGUUUUGCCAGACAUGGAUUUCCGGUAG